GCACGCACGCCCGCCUCGGCGGCUGGGCGCGGUUUGCGACAGUGGGGGGAGCGGUGGAGGUGGCGGCGGCAGCGGCAGCUUUGCGGCAGGCUCCGGCCGGGCUUGCUUGACGGCGGUGUGGCGGAGGCCCCGCCCUAGGCGGCAGGAACCUGGAGGGAGGCGGAGGAAUAUGUCCGAGAGGGAAGUGUCGACAGCGCCGGCGGGAACAGACAUGCCUGCGGCCAAGAAGCAGAAGCUAAGCAGCGACGAGAACAGCAACCCAGACCUCUCUGGAGACGAAAAUGAUGAUGCUGUCAGUAUAGAAAGUGGUACAAACACUGAACGCCCUGAUACACCUACAAAUACACCAAAUGCUCCUGGAAGGAAAAGUUGGGGGAAGGGAAAAUGGAAGUCAAAGAAAUGCAAAUAUUCUUUCAAGUGUGUAAAUAGUCUCAAGGAAGAUCAUAAUCAACCAUUGUUUGGAGUACAAUUUAACUGGCACAGUAAAGAAGGAGAUCCAUUAGUGUUUGCAACUGUAGGAAGCAACAGAGUUACCUUAUAUGAAUGUCACUCACAGGGAGAAAUCCGGUUGUUGCAGUCUUAUGUGGAUGCGGAUGCUGAUGAAAACUUUUACACUUGUGCAUGGACGUAUGAUAGCAAUACAAGCCAUCCUUUGCUGGCUGUGGCUGGAUCUAGAGGCAUAAUUAGGAUAAUUAAUCCCAUAACAAUGCAGUGCAUAAAGCAUUAUGUUGGCCAUGGAAAUGCUAUCAAUGAGCUGAAAUUCCACCCAAGAGAUCCAAAUCUUCUCCUGUCAGUAAGUAAAGAUCAUGCAUUACGAUUGUGGAAUAUCCAAACAGACACUCUGGUGGCGAUAUUUGGAGGCGUAGAAGGGCACAGAGAUGAAGUUCUAAGUGCUGAUUAUGAUCUUUUGGGUGAAAAAAUAAUGUCCUGUGGUAUGGAUCACUCUCUUAAACUUUGGAGGAUCAAUUCAAAGAGAAUGAUGAAUGCAAUUAAGGAAUCUUAUGAUUAUAAUCCAAAUAAAACUAACAGGCCAUUUAUUUCUCAGAAAAUUCACUUUCCUGACUUUUCCACCAGAGACAUACAUAGGAAUUAUGUCGAUUGUGUGCGAUGGUUAGGUGAUUUGAUACUUUCCAAGAGUGGCCGUGCCAUUUUACAUUCCCACCAGCAAUGUAUGAAAGAUCCAGUGUCUCCGAAUCUUCGCCGGCAUUUGUCUUGUGAAAAUGCCAUUGUGUGCUGGAAACCUGGCAAAAUGGAAGAUGAUAUAGAUAAAAUUAAACCCAGUGAGUCUAAUGUGACUAUUCUUGGGCGAUUCGAUUACAGCCAGUGUGACAUUUGGUACAUGAGGUUUUCUAUGGAUUUCUGGCAAAAGAUGCUUGCAUUGGGCAAUCAGGUUGGCAAACUUUAUGUUUGGGAUUUAGAAGUAGAAGAUCCUCAUAAAGCCAAAUGUACAACACUGACUCAUCAUAAAUGUGGUGCUGCUAUUCGACAAACCAGUUUUAGCAGGGAUAGCAGUAUUCUUAUAGCUGUUUGUGAUGAUGCCAGUAUUUGGCGCUGGGAUCGACUUCGAUAAAAUACUUUUUCUUAAUCAAAAUUAGUGUGUGUUUUUUGUGUAUAAUAGAAUUACUGUAUCUUGCUAGUAAGGGCACAUAGAGCAUUUAGAGUUGUCUUUCAGCAUUCAAUCAGGCUGAGCUGAAUGUAGUGUUUACAUUGUUUACAUUCUUUGUACUGUCUCCU